AUGCACAUACAAAAUCAAAUCAUCAAAACGUACAAAAACGUUCUAAACAACAAGCAACCAAAUUAUAGUUUACAUGUAGCGGGUGCGCUGUCAAACGCGUUUGGACGAAAGCCAGUAUUGAUUACACUCAACAUGUUAUUUCUGAUCGGGUCAUUUGGAUGUGGCUUUGCACAAUCGUUUGAGCACAUUGUUGUAGCCCGAGCAAUCGCAGGCUUUGGAGGAGGUGGGAUCGCCCUGAUGGGUAAAAUAAUUCUUCAUGAUAUUGUAUCUCGAGAUCAACUGGGGUCAUAUCUAGCUUACCUCAGCAUGUCUUCAAUGCUCGGGUUCGGCCUUGGUGCACCCAUCGGCGGAUUUAUUACCGACUACUUUGGAUGGCGUUAUUGCUUUAAGAUCAACAUUCUACCAAUGACGCUCAUCCUUUACAUAUACACUUUUCACUUGAAAAACUACAGCGCUGUUUUGACAAGGGGAAAGCUGAAAACUGUUGAUUUCGGUGGAAUAUUAUUGCUUUCCGGAGCGAACACAUCCUUGACCUGCGCACUUUUGCUUGGUGGAACCUCUUACAGUUGGUGUAGCCCUCAAAUUAUCCUGGCACUAGUCUCAGCUCUGAUUGGGUAUAUACUGUUCUUAAUUCAUGAGCGGCGAUGGGCAGUGUAUCCUUUGUUGUCACGCGUAGCUUCACGCGACCGCAAUUUCACAACAGCGUGCGUUUGUAUCUUUUUACCGGCAGCAUGCGAAGGAGCGGCCCUUACUGUUAUACCGCAAUUUCUCAUGGCAAGUAUACCUGUUACAUUUCAUUUGCUUUCUGGUUUGUGGGUUAUGAUGAACGCAGCAUCUGUUCCCGUUGGGACAUUUAUAGCCGGACGCUAUAUGCACUAUACUGGCAAAUUCAAGCGCUUUGUAGGUGUGGCCAUGACAUCCUAUCUUGUAGCGGUUGCCAUAUUCUAUAGUUGGGCCGGCGGUAAUGUUUCCAAAAGCCUGGGUAUCAUGGGGAUCUUUUUGGAGGGCGCUUCGUAUGGAUGUAUCAGUGUUUGCAUUAUUGUCGCCUGUACGAGCACUUAUCCAAAGAGUGUAACACGUUUCGUGGGGUAUCUAAUAGGCGCGGCGGUCGUAUCUUCAAUUAUUCAAUAUACUUUGAGAACAGAGCUGCCAACGCGAAUUGAUGGUGAAGAUGCAGAGAAGCUGAUUGAAUUUAUCAUUAAAUCGAUCCACAAAGUUGAUAUACUGGCUCCCGAGAUCCAACGAAUCGUGGCAGAAGUAUUGGCUCUUGGAGUGCAGCGUGCAAUAGCAGAUGGGGGUUUGUGA